AUGACAGUCGGUGGAGCUGUGACAGUUGCAUCUACCAGGACAGAGGGAACAGGAGUUCGACCAUCACUGCAAGUGCCUGAACACUUCCUCUUCGUGGCCUUCCUGUGCGCCUACGACCUGCUGGUGCUGGCGUCCUGCCUGACGUACCUGGCGCUCAACGCCCGCCAGGCCUACGGCCCCGAGAAGAUCUGCGCCAUCGUGGUGACCAUCCCGGCCGCACUGUACCUGCUGCCCCUCCUCAUCCUGGUGGGAUCCCAGGCCAGCUUCAUCACACUGGCUCAGCGCACCUACGAGCUCAAGCUUCGCGAGAUGGGCAGAGGGAAUCCCUUCGACCUGGGAUGGGCCAGGAACUGGUACGCGGCCCUGUGCGCCCCACGGGGACCAAGUGGCGCGCGGAGGGCACCCUCUCCCCCUCCUGCCCCCGAGGCCCGUCCCCCGGGGGAAGCCCUGGUCUAG